UGCUGGAAUACCAUCACCUGUCAUGACGUAGACUGGACAACAAACUACGUUUGGAGAAGAGAAAUCGAAACUUAACCACACUGAGGUGGAAAUCGAAAGCUAUAAAAAGUGGGAGGGUGCGAGUGUUCAGACUAUAUAAACAAAGCCAGCUGAGUUUGAGCAUCUUCACCUGAAAACCUCAACUCUGAGAACUACUUUUGAUCAAAACUCGUCACCAGAUUGCUUCAAUCAUGGAAAUAACCGUCGCUAUGCUGAACGGGACGCAGCGUACAAUGGUUGUGCCUCCAGACGCCACUGUUGGAUCCCUAAAAGCUCUGAUCGAGACCCAGAUGGGAGUCCCAGCUGCGACCCAGCGGCUGGCCUAUGAUAACUGCCAGAGGGUCCCGUUGACCGACGACACCCUCUCUCUACAGUCCUACGGACUCCGCGCCGGGUCCCGGGUGUCCCUGCUCAUCACGCAGCCCCCGCAGCCCCCGCAGCCCGCCACCAUCGAGGUGUUCCUCAGAAACGAGAGGGGGCAGACGAGCACUUAUCGGGUCAAGCCCGACGAGACCGUCAACGACUUCAAGAAGAAAGUCGAGCACCGGGAGGGAGUGCCGGCGGGCCAGCAGAGGCUCGUCCACCAGAGCCGGGAGAUGAUGACCGGAACUCUGGCGGACUACGGAGUGAAGAGCAUGAGCACCAUCGACAUGAUGUUCCGCCUGAGAGGAGGCGGCGGCACUCACCUCCACUGUUGAUUUUGUUAAUUUUACAGUUUUUUUUUUAAAUAUGUAUGUUUUAUGUGUAGUUAAGAAAUAAUAAUAAAACUAACAAAGACAA